AUGGAUUUCCAAAGUAUCGACGAUAUAGCUGAUAAGUAUUUGCCAUCUGAAUAUGGACUUGUCAUUCCAAAUCAGUCUUUACCUCCUCCUCCUUUAGGACUUCAUAUACCAAAGAAAAAGACAAAAAAAUUCAAAGAUGAAGAGUCCAGACGGAAAUGGGAAGAUAUGAUGACCAUGAAGAGGCGAAAAUUAUUUACUAAUAUAGUCAAAAAAGAAAUUGGAAAGCAGCACAGAUCAAAAAUUAACAAACACAAGGAAAUGCUACUGCAGUGCAAACGAGUAGCAUCACAUUGUGUUAAAUAUGCACGUCAAAAAGCUCUCCAAAGUGCUCGAAUAGUCAAAGAACAGCCAUGGAGGAUGAAGAGGUUAUCACGUGAGAAUAUUGCUUAUUGGAAACGGUCCAGGCGUUUUGAUAGAGAAGUCAAGAAACGGUUAGAAAAAGAAGCAGAAGAACAAAGAAAAAUUGACCAUGAGUUGGUUGAAGCCAAGCGACAACAGAGGAAAUUAAACUUUCUUAUUACUCAGACUGAGUUGUAUGCUCAUUUCAUGUCCAAGAAGUUGGGACAGGCUUCUCCUGAAGAACAAUUGAUAAUUUUAAGCCAACUAGAUGAGGAAAGUUCAAUAAAAUUAAGUUGUGAUACUUAUGAUAGUGAAAAUAUGAAGGAAAUGGCUAAAAAAAAUGCAUUAGAUGCAUUUCAGAGUGAAAAAGCAAGGACUAGACAUUUUGAUCAACAAGCCAAUUCGUGUCUUAGUGAAUUUCCCAACGGAGAGGGUGAACAGCCCCAACCUAAUAUGUUUAGAGGCAAAUUAAAAGGAUAUCAACUAAGAGGGAUGAAUUGGUUAGCAAAUUUAUAUUCUCAAGGAAUCAGUGGUAUUCUAGCUGAUGAAAUGGGUCUAGGCAAAACUGUACAAAGUAUCGCGUUUCUUUGUCAUAUAGCUGAAAAAUAUUCUGUCUGGGGUCCUUUUCUGAUAAUAUCUCCCGCCUCAACUCUCCACAAUUGGCAGCAAGAAGUGGCAAAGUUUGUGCCGGAUUUUAAAGUGGUUCCCUAUUGGGGAAAUCCAAAUGAAAGAAAAAUUUUAAGGCAGUUUUGGGAUUUAAAAGACAUGUACACUAAAGACGCUAGUUUUCACAUUGUCGUAACUUCGUACCAAAUAGUUAUAACAGAUAUAAAAUAUUUUAAUAGAAUAAAAUGGCAAUACAUGAUACUAGAUGAAGCACAGGCUAUCAAAAGUACUAGUUCAAUGAGAUGGAAGACUCUCUUAGGUUUUAGUUGCAGGAACAGGUUGUUGCUGAGUGGUACUCCUAUACAAAACAGUAUGGCUGAGCUAUGGGCCUUAUUGCAUUUUAUUAUGCCGACACUCUUUGACUCACAUGAGGAGUUCAACGAAUGGUUCUCAAAAGACAUUGAAAGCCAUGCAGAAAACAAAACUGGUAUCGAUGAAAAACACUUAUCCCGUUUACAUAUGAUUUUAAAACCUUUUAUGUUGAGGAGAAUCAAGAAAGACGUUGAAAAUGAACUGUCUGAUAAAAUAGAAGUGAUGGUAUACUGUCCACUCACUACGAGACAGAGUUUAUUGUAUUUGGCUCUAAAACAAAAAAUUAAAAUUGAAGAUCUUUUGAAUUACACCGUUGGCGGAGGAGAUUCUCACACUGUGGAUAAGAACUUUACUUCGAAUUUGAUGAAUUUGGUGAUGCAGUUUAGGAAGGUAAAUAAUAAACCAGUUUUUAUUAUAAUACUUGCAUUUAAACGGUACCCUCUGUCAAGAUAA